GUGAUGAACGAAGGGCCGGGACAUGUGCCUUUGCACAAGAUCCCUGACAACAUGCGCAAGACAGCAAUGCUUUGCUACGUCACUCCCAAGGAGCACCUUGGUCUGCCCAAUCGGGAGGACGUGAAGGCUGGCAUCAUUGCUUAUCGCAUCGCUGCACAUGCUGCCGACUUGGCCAAAGGGCAUCCAAGGGCCCAAGAGUGGGAUGAUACUCUUUCCAAAGCCCGCUUUGAGUUCCGUUGGAACGACCAAUUCAAUCUUGCGCUGGACCCUGUCACCGCCCGUGCCAUGCACGAUGAGACAAUUGGUUCGGACGCUGGGAAGUCUGCACACUUUUGCUCAAUGUGUGGCCCAAAGUUUUGCUCCAUGAAGAUCACCGAUGACGUUCGUGCCUAUGCCGCAGAGCGCGGCUAUGCCGAGGACGACGCAGAAAAAGUCCUUGAGGAGACCCACCCUGCUUCUCCAUCGGUUUAUGCUGGUAGCUUGUGA